CCAACGAUUUUUUUUUUUUAAAUCCCUGAACGGAAUCCCCACCCCGGGGAGGGAGUCCGCGGAGGUGUAAAGAUCCCGCCGAUCGAGAAGAUUGCUCCGGGGAGCAGCCUCUCCACCGCUCCAACUCCGCGUCGGGAAGCGCAGAAAACCAACAAGUGAAAAAAAAGACAAACACAAACCCACACCGAGGUGCCGCGUUCCCGGGGCGCUGCGCGGGCGGCGAGAGCCGGCGGCGGAGGAGAAAGCGAGCGCCCCUCACACGCCCGAAGCCGGAGCCCCGAGCCCCGGAGCCGCGGUUGCUGCGGCGGCUACGGCUCCCCGUUUUCCCCGAGGCGGACGGCGCCGAGCGCAGGACUGAAUCUUCCCUUCGCCCUCUUCGCCCGCAGCGGCGGCGAGCAGCUGGUCCCCGGGAAUAUGCAGCGUGCGUGGAUCCUCCUCACCUUGGGCUUGGUGGCCUUGGUGUCGGCCGAGUCGAGAGCAGAGCUGACAUCGGAUAAAGACAUGUACCUUGACAACAGCUCCAUUGAAGAAGCUUCUGGAGUGUAUCCUAUUGAUGAUGACGACUAUGCUUCUGCCUCUGGCUCAGGAGCCGAUGAGGACAUAGAGAGUCCAGAACUGACAACUUCACGGUCAAUUCCAAAGAUCUCAUUUACUAGUGCUGUUCCAAAAGUGGAGACCACGACACUGAAAUCACAGAGCAAGAUGCCUGCUCAGACGAAGUCCCCUUAAGAAGUUGAUAAGGAGGAAGUUCAUGUGUCUGACUCAGAAAGGAAAAUGGAACCUGCUGAUGAAGACACAAACGUGUAUACUGAGAAACACUCAGACAAUCUGUUUAAACGGACAGAAGUCUUAGCAGCUGUCAUUGCGGGUGGAGUGAUCGGCUUCCUCUUUGCCAUCUUCCUCAUCCUACUGCUGGUCUAUCGCAUGAGAAAGAAGGACGAAGGAAGCUACGACCUGGGAGAGCGCAAGCCAUCCAGUGCUGCGUAUCAGAAGGCACCGACCAAGGAGUUUUAUGCCUAAAACUCCCUCUUAGGGUCUCAUUUAUGAGAUCACAGAACUUUUCAAAAUAAAGCUUUUGCAUAGAAUAAUGAA